AUGUGCUUCGGAUCUAGCAAAUACAAAGACAACGACCCCUAUUGGUGGGGUUACAUUGACGACGGACAAGGCUGGACAGCCCGUCGCAAAUCCGAGUACAUGAAAACGCCCGAAUACAACAAGGAGCUUCGGCGGCAGAUGCGCCAGGAACGGAAAGCGAACAAGGGCCGAGUGCCGGUGCCUCAGGCGGCCUAUAGUCAGGGAAGGCAUGGAUAG